CCAUCUCGUUCCUUUCUUUUUCCAUUUCCUGAACGAAGAGAAGCAGAGCCGCGCAGAGCUCCUGUGGAAAUUUUCACAGCUCAAUUCUUGAAUGUUAGCAAUCCAAAAAUCCCGUAAGUAAUGCCUAAUUCAUCCAUACAUCGUGAUUUAUCAAUUUAGAGCUUUAAAACGAGUUUUUGGAUCAGGAAUUUCUUGAAUUCCCGAUAAGCCAAAUUAGGGUUUCGGAGUAUCCGGAAGCCGGAUUGAGCCCAAAUUUCAUAUACGAGCUUCCUGUAGAGAGGUAAUCAAUCCUCUAGUUCUAAUCCCUGAAUUUCGGCUAUUAUUUAGAUCGGAGCCGGGAUCGUUGAAUUUAGCUCUGGCCAGGGUUUGAUGUAUUUUUAUCGAGAAUUUGACCCGGAGCCCAGAACUAAUAUUGACGGGGAUACUGCAGGGGAUAUUAGGACGGUCUCGGAUUUUAAUUCGGAGUUUGUUCGUGAAAUUGACGUUUUAGUACGGGAAGGUUAAACCGGUGUUUGAACGACCAAAACUAGUGAGGGAUUAGCACGGCAUACCGGGUUUGUCGUAUCACGAUAAUUAUAUUGAUGCUUAGAAUUGAUCUAGGUGAAUUAGAAUGGCAUGAUUAGGGGUGUAUGGACUUUUGUGCUAUAUGAUGAACUAUAGGCUUCUGUAUGAUAUUAUUGACUUGCCCUAAUCGAUAUGAACCCUGUUUAUGCUGAUGAUUGUGUAUAUAUUGCAAAUUGUGGGCUUGACUAUUAAUAUGCUUUACGAUGGUUCGAGAAGGUGAUUAGGUAUGAUUUUUCAUGAUUGUUGUAUUUGGAUGCACAAGUGGGAAAAUAUAUAUUCCCUGGUGAUAUUAUGAUGUUUUAAGGAGGAUGACUUGCACGAGGGUUUAUCCCGAGGAAGUGCAACUAUACGACUCCUGGUUUACCUAUGUUGAGCCAAUUAUGGUCAGGUCAAGUACAUGUGUAAGUAAUGAAUUAUGAUUAAGCAAGCUGAGAUAUGAAUCAUGUACAAGGAUACCAAAUAUGAGUGUUGUGGUCUCACGGUCAACUACAUAGUAAUUAGGGCUCCCUAUGCUAUUACUCUAUUAUGAUAUGUAUGAUAGUCACACCUCUCAUGUGGUGGUGACUGAAGAAUUCUUACGAGAUAUGACCACACCCAGAGCGGUGUCGGGGUAUGACUACACCCAUAGUGGUGUGGGGUAUGUAUGACCACAUCCGACGGGAUGUUGGGGUAUGUAUGACUACAUCCGACGGGAUGUGGGGUAUGUUUCCCGGGAGAGUUAUUAGCAUGGGAGUAGCCAGGCGCCUAUGAGUAAAACAUGAUAAAAUGCAUAUGCAUAAGUCAAGGUGGUUGAGUCUUUUGCCUAUUGGGAUGUCGGAGGGCUGAGAUCUUAUCCUAGUGCUUUGGCUUGUUUGCUAGAUGUAUGGUAGUGGUAUGCUAUGUUAUGAACUCACGAUGCGAUGAUUAUCUCACUCAGCUAUGAGCUGAUCCUCUUUUUAUUCUUCUUCUUCUCUGCUUAUGCUAUGUGUAAGCAGAUCAUCAACACCAGCAGUAGAUAGGUGUAUAGGUGGGAGCUGAGCAAGAGUUGAAGGCAAGAUGAGGUAUGGUCUUCAACCAUUCUGUGCUUGGACGACUACUUGGGAUUUUGGCCAGUGAUCCACACCUUUUUGUAAAAGAAUGUUUUGAGAACGUUUUUCAUGUGCAUACUAGCUUCUGAUGUAGUGUUAGAUAUCCACAGGUGUGGAAAGUUGAUGAUAUGUGUAUUAUGUGGUUUUGUAAGUUAUGACGAUUAUGGCUUGUAUCAGUAUGGUAUGCAGGUGUGUAGUAUGAAACUGUGACUAUGGCUGUGAAAAGCCAAUGCAUAUGGUUGUGAGUAUAUAUGUUUGUGAUGAAUUAUUUUGCAGGAUAAGUUGCAAGACUGUUAGCCCAUUACGCGAGUAAUUCAUGUCGAAAUUUUAUUUGGGUAAAUUUUGAUAAUUAAUGUAACACCCAAGUUUAAUUCCGCUGCAAUUGUAUGAACAAUAUGAUUAGGCAAAAUGUAUAGGGUAGGGUGUUACAGAGAGAGACGAGAAAUCUAGCUCAGAUGCGGAAACCAUACUGUGAAGGAUGAGAAUAUGCUUCUGGCACUCAAUCAGCUCUUCUCCAAGCUCAAGCCGGGCUCCAAUGGUGAUGAAGAUCGAUCAAAGACACUUGCAGAAUCAGGUUCAUCACUUUCUCUCUCUAGGUAUACGCUUUUUCUCUCUCAAACUCGCGACCCUUCACUUUUGCCCUUCUUUUCCCUUAAGAAGCUGUCUGUCGCGAUCCCCUGCCUGAAUACCCGGUCGAGUAUUUUAGGUAGAGACCGGGUAUUCUCAAAACGCACCGUCGGGGACAGGGGGUUCAUCCCCGGUCAGGGUCAAGAAUACCCGACCGGGGAUUUAUGAUUAAUGCCCGGGCCCCCUUCUGCUUCUCAAACGCCCAAAACAGGUUUUCCCCGGUCUUCUCCGAUUAAUACCCGGUAGGGUAUUUCAGCCCAUGGUCGGGUAUUUUGCUCCUCCAGCACACUUCAACCCAAACGUGCUCCUUUCGACCCGUUUCUUCGCGUCGAUGCCAACGCUAAGCCCUGAAAUAUGACAUAAACGCACAACCUAGCGUGAAAUCGGCUUAAAACACGAGAAUCAACAUCUCAAACGGCUCAAGAAUAGGGGUAAACACAUGUGCAAUCAAUGGUCUAUCAAAUACCGUAUUGAAUUUGUCUAUAUUUGGUAUUACAGAAUACACAUAUUAUUUCUUGGGAUUGGGAUUCAUUUCAAUUGUUAUUCGGUAUUAGGGAUUACGGCAUUGGGAUUGGUAUAUACCGAAAUACCGAACAAUACCGAAAUAUAACCUAGUGUGUAUUUUAUCCUCUCAACCAUCGGUGGAUCUAGGGCUGGGCCAACCCGGGCCACGCCCCAGCCCUUUCCAAAUCCAGAGCUAGUAUAGAUUGUAUAGUGCUUAUAAAUUUUUAGAUUUUAGAUAUUUGGUCCAUUGUUAUUUAAAAGUCGGUCGAGUGUUAUUUGAUAAUAGGAUUUUGUGUAGUUAGGAAAAUAAUCUAGAUGAACAUAUCCAAUCAACUACACUCAAUUUAGCCUACAAUUAUAUUAUUGAUGGAUUUGCCAAAUUAAAAAGCCUUCUAGUAUAAUUGGCAUUUGUAAUGAAUGAAAACUACAAUUUAUUAGCCGAACAUUUCAGACUUUCCAAAUCGUAAGCCAAAACUUUUGAAAUACAAGAUAGUAGCCAAAUCUCUUACAACACAUCAAAUAUUAGCCAUUUGUCUAUUAUCGUUGGUAUUUUUGUAACUAUUCUCUUAAUUGUAAUACUAAAAUUUUGGAAUAUUGACUACCACAUGUCUCUUUCAAGUGAGUAUCAUGUUGCCAAGUCAAUAUUACUAACAAAACUGCUAACCAGUAAGUUAACAUUUGACUAAUACUUUGUAUUUUGAAAGGUUUGGCUAAUAAUUCAAAAACUUAGAAAGGUUUAGCUAAUAAAUUUUAUUUACCCAAUAUUUUUAUUUAUGAUAUCUAGUAUUCUAUUCAGAAUGCGGCCUAGUGCUCUAUUAUAUCCUAGAUCCGCUGGUUGGUUUAAUGUGUUCACAAGCUUCUUGGCUUCUAGUAUACCUACUCUCAUGGAAGAAGGGCGUAGGUCUCGCAAUUCCCUCUGACCCGGAGGAAUGAUAAAGUCUGACGAACCUUAUCUUGUAUUGCUUCCGAGGUCUGCCUUCCUUGAUUGAGCCCUCAAACUGGCACCGGUGGUUGCAUAUAUAAGAAAAGGGUAUAUCUCAUUUUCACUCAAUCUUUUCUACGGACGGAAGUCAACGCAAAAUAAGCGGCUUCAUCCACAUUGAGGGUCGGCUUGGUGAAAGGCGUGAUGCUAUCGUAUAUAAGGAAUCGCCUAGCCAACGCUCUACUUACCAACUGCCCUUCAUUCUAUUAGGGAGCUGGACUACAUAUAUAUGUAAGACGAUCGGACUACAGAUUACGUGCUAAACGGAUUAAUGAUACGAUUAUCAUCAAAUCAAAGGUGGAAGGAGAUUCUCACUUCUUUUGCGAAAGACCAUUCCCUUCAAGCACAUAAGCUCGCUCUACUACUUCGAAUACGAGAAAGAGAAUAUAAGACAAAGAGAUUC